AUGUAUAGACAUAAGGCAUAUCCGAGUAGCAAACAGAUAGGCAAGGCUGCAGAUGCCCUUGUGAAUCAACACCCCUGCCUGACAGAGAGAGGUUCCCAAACAGGAUGUGAAGCAUGGAAGAACAGCCUUCGCUUCAAGAUGGGCAACUGCAGAACUAAGCUAAGCAGAGCUGGCAUAAAAGAUGUGGCCGCGAAUGCAAGAAGGUGCAGCCGCAGCAACCCGACGGGUACACCAUCCCGGACCAACAUAAAACGACCCAGAAGAGGGGAAAUCCAGUUCCUCCCUAACUAUCCCUGUGGUGAGAACAAGGACACACUGGAGACCAGAAGGAUGGAGAUCCUGGAGGAAUUCAAGACGAUGCCAGUUGACAGAGACAUCGUUCUCGUCCAUCAGCACAUGCAGCGCACCUUUCCACUUCGCCGUGAAGAGAUUGUGACGUUAGCUCCUCCCAUCGCAGAAUUGAAAGACAGAUGGCCUGGCCUCUUCUCUGAAGCUCAACUCUAUGGCGAAUUCCAUAGGAUCACAAAUCAAAGCCUUCAAUAUUCCUUCUUCGCUGCGCUCGAUAAAAACACUACACAGCUGCUCAAACUCUACAAAGAGAGGAAGACUGGAGCUUUUGGUGAGAAGAUGGCAGAUCUGCUGAUGGCAUAUGAGGAGCAGGACAAGAAUGACAUCAGUGCAACUAAAACAGCAGCACUGGCUGGGCUGCCACUGUACCUAAAAGAAGACUCAUCAGUGAUCUUCAAGAGUUGCAAGGAGGAGCAGUUCGAAACAUUCCAGGUGGGGGCAGUGGCGCUGUUGGCCGUGGUGGCUGAAGAGGACACGGCUGCAGGGAUUUCCUUUCAACCUCUCCAUGUCUCAGUCAUCCUGGAGGAUCAGGUUGUUAUGACUCUCAAAUCUUGGACUGAUGCACUGGUGGUGUUGUUCAGCUUGGUUUAUGCUCUCAAUUUGAGCUAUCCAGCACAGCUGAGUGGCUUUUUUGAGGUCAUUCAGGUUUUCCUAUUAAAUCUAGACGAUACAAGAAUGCAGCUCAAACCUAAGUUGCAGGCCAUAAAAAAUCAGCUGGUGUAA